AUCCAACGUCAGUAUAAAAUUUCCACCGGAAGUUCGCUUGGCAGCAAAAGCUUAUUAUUCUAGUUUCAUCUGAAUAAUAAGCUGGAAAUUUGGAAGCGGAAGCCCAUUAUGAAAAGGCGCUUAUAUUGCACAUUGUGCGCCCCGCCUAGGCGGGCAACUUGCUGUAUCAUUCUGCAUUCAUACUUGACAGGGCAAAUGACUCGUCAUUUUUAACAGUUUUGAAUUAUUUAAAGCCGUUUGGCGUUUUUUAUGUUUUCCAAAAUUCUUACGAAUUCUUUUAUGUGCGCAAUCCUAUUUCAGUUCAACUUCACUUUGUUUGACUUAGUCUUUGUAUUUUAUAGUAUGCGAGGGACUCUUUGACAGCAGUGCCGUAUUCGAAUUACCAUCAUCGCGCUAUCUUGAUGCGAGAGCCCGCAAAACGUUUCCGGACCAACACGUUCAUCCAAUCCUCUGCUGCAUUUGUCAUGGAUGAUCGGGGAGACUCUCCGAAUGCCCGCUCAUCGCCGAGCCCAGCAUCCUCUCAGUCUUCCCCCGCGAAAAACCCCGUCGUGACGCGCGCCGAUGUUUUAGCGCUGAUGCGACGCAAGGACGAAAUCGAAGCUGAAUUGAAAGCCCUGCAGGAUGUUUUGCAGUCUCAAGGAAAUGUCGGAAUGGAAGGGCCUUUGCUGGACGGAGAAGGCUACCCGCGCUCGGAUAUUGAUGUUUAUUCGGUGCGUCACGCUCGCCAUAAAAUUAUCUGUCUGAAUAACGAUCAUAAAGCGUUGAUGAAGGACAUCGAGGAAGGACUGUAUGCAGUCCACGAACAGGCUCGCCAUGAAUACAUGGAUGUGGAUGAAAAGAAAGCCGAAGACAACAAUGAGGUGAAAUCGUUCGCGAAAAUUCAGUUCGUCUCUCCAGAAUCCCCGGCUGCCAGCGCGGGUCUGGAACCCGGCGAUUUGAUAACCGCAUUUGGUUCGGUGUCCAGUGCGAAUUUCCGCAGUUUAGCUGAUCUCGCGACGGUGGUUAGCAAUAGUGAAAACCGUGCAAUCAGCGUGGAGGUUCGUCGACACAGUGUUAACAAACGGAUAGCUCUAACGCCGCGAAAAUGGAAUGGACGCGGCUUGCUGGGAUGCUCAUUUCUGGAAGAACGUCAAAUGUGAAUAAAAGCGCCAAAAGAAAUGCGGUCUUUGGAUAUUAAGCAUACCAUUGAUAGACUGUUUUCGGGUCUCCGGUUUGUUAGACAUGUGGAUCGGUGCGCGUUGGCGUUUUUACGGACUUUGUUCUCCGAAGAUCGGUACUCAUCUGGAAACUGGAUAUUCGUCUGUAGUUCUGUAACGCUUCUGUUUGGUUACAGAGGAAACACCAAUAAACGGAUUCUGAAACCACGCGGUUCAAUACGUUUUGAAAUUAUUGUAAAAAUGAUUUAUCUGAUUUUGGAUUCAGAUUGUAUAAGACUAUAAGUAUAAAAAUGGCA